AUGACGCCAGACAAUCAGCUUGAUCUCCUAUUUGACCCUUCCCUGAUACCAGCUUCUGUUCAAGAACAACUGGGACCUGAUCUUCAUCUUCGACCGCUUGCGUCCGACGAUCACAAAAGAGGUCAUUUCGAUGUCUUGGCUGUAUUGACGGCCGCACCGCAAUUAUCUCCAAAGGCUUAUAAGGGGAACUUUGAUGAGCUUAAAGCAUGUCCGGGUACAUAUUUCAUUAUUGUGAUCAUUGAUGUCUCAUCGGACAAAAUUGUUGGCAGCGGAUCUGUCAUUGUAGAACGCAAAUUCCUCCGAGGAACAGGCUUAGUAGGUCAUAUCGAGGACAUAGCGGUAUCCAAAGCAGCACAAGGGAAGAAAUUAGGACUGAGAAUUAUCAACGCCUUAGAAAAGAUAGGUGAAUCAAGAGGGUGUUAUAAGAUCAUACUGGAUUGUAGCGAGAAAAACAUCCCCUUUUAUGAGAAAUGCGGCUUCAAACACAAAGAGUACGAAAUGGUCCGUUAUAUGGCGGAUCCCAAAGAUGUGCCCAAAGCUUCCACGCCUUCUCGUCUGUGA